AGAGACAUCAUCGCAAACUGAGUCAAGACAUCCGGGCAGCAUGGACGGCAUGCUCAACGCGUUGAGCACAAUGGCCGAGAGCUUGGAGGCGACGGCGGCCAUCAACGAAGAAGAGAUCGAAGAGGCGCUGCAGAAGAAGCAGGAUGCAGUCGUCAAGUGCAAGAAGGCCAAGGCUGCCCGGGACAAGGCCCUCGCCGCGAGCGUUCAAUGCUCGGAGCGGGCCGCAUCCGUACAGAGCGCGCUCGGCGCCGCGACCAAGGCCAUUGCCGACCUACGCGCAAGCAUCAACACGCCCACGCAUGCGUCCAGGAAGCGCGAGUUGGACCGCAUCACCAAAGAGCGCGACGACGCUGCGCAGCGGGUCCGCGACCUCGAGGCCGCGCUGCACGAGAAGAGCCAAGAGGCGAUCGCGAUCAAGAACCAGUACGAGCACCGUUUGACGCUUGUACGCAUGGCGACGAGCGGCGUCGGUGUCCUGCCGCCGGCAGCUGCGCCACAGCCAUCCCCCGUAGCCGCCGAGACGGAGACCCCGGCCGCCAAGCGCUUCCGGCCAGCGCCAGCGCCCACCAGCGCGGGCUCAUCCCCGCGUCCAUCUCGCAUCCAUACACUGUAGAUCCAAGGCGCUUGCUAUUGUUAAUCAAUAUAUGUGUGUUUUGUUUCGACACAUAUUGCGCACGUCGUGCGGACUAAGAUCAGAUAGUUUGCUCUGUAGGACGCAAAAAGCUUUCGUAGCUUUACGUUUUAUAAAUGGCACACGUCGGUGAACGGUGCAACGGCUGUUGCCAGCGACGCCGCGUGAUCAAAGAGG